AUGACCACUGUAAUCAAAAGCAUCGAGAAGAUGAAGCCGCGAGGCGGAGACAACUGGGUCCGCACGCUAGACUACGAUUAUUUGGAGCGGAACUACAACAUCCACAAGUACUACCCGCAGUUCAUCCACAACACGGACAUUUCCACGCCCGAGCUCCGCGCCGAGCUCAGCGAUAAGCCCAUCUAUGCGCAAGCAAGCAAGUUGGCCAAGGCGAAGGGCGCGACAGAAAAGGCGCCGCACAACCGCAAGGGCCAGAACAAGAAACAGAACGACAAACACACCCAGAAUCAGAGCGACAAACACACCCAGAAACAGAACAACAAACAGAACAGCCAACCAAACAAGCAGAUCCAGCACCAGAACUACAAACCUGUCCAAGCGCCCAUCCAGUUCAACGAAAAGUACACCGAAAAACAGGCGGCCGCGCCCGUGUCCCAGGCCGCGCCGCCCCGGUCGCGCCAAAACAGCGUGCGGCCCGUGGAAAAGUUUCCUCGCACAAGCUUCUCCGACCGCUUGAAGCUCAUGAUCCGCCCGCGCAACAAUCAGAUGGAGCGCACGCGCUCCUUCGACCAGACCCAGGCGACCAUGACCUCUGCCCGCCAUACCACCAUCGAGGCGCGCCGCAUGAGCGAUCCUACAAGUACGUAUCCCAUUUGCUAA